UAGGCCUCACACCCCCAGGCCUCCCCUUUCCCGCCCCCACCUCGCAGAAGAACUCGUUGCCUCGCAGGCCGCAGAACCACGAGAUCCACGACACCUCCUCGGAGCUGCUCAUGGCGCCGGGACCCCCCCGCGGGCCGCCCCGUCCGGCAGCGCCCGCCCGCCCUUCUUCUUCUCCUCCUCCUCCUCUUCCUCCCGUCCGCCGCUCCGCUCCUCGGGGCCCUCAGCGCCGCGCGCGGGGCACGACGGGAAGCUCCGUCACGACGCCGCGCGCGGGGGCCGACGGGAAGCGUAGUCCGUCCGCCAAUCACAGCGCGCCGCGCCCUUGCGGCGCAGAACUACGACUCCCAGAGCGCACCGCGCGGCGCGGCGCGCAGAGCCCGGCGGGAGGUGGAGCCAGGAGGGCGCAACGCGCAUGCACCUCUUCCGUCCCGUUUUCCGGUGGGAAAACCGCGCGUGCGCAGAUGCGGAGAGGGCCGCGCGAUGCGACAAAGCGCAUGCGCAAAGGGGGCCGGCGCAUGCGCGAAGCGGGCAGGCGCAUGCGCGAAGCGGGGCCGGCGCAUGCGCAGUGCGGCGUUGCCAUGGCAAUGGCGGCCUAGCCCGUGCCUCGGAGCCCUGCUCCCUUUCCGCCAUGUCGCGUCUGAUCGCCUUCCGCCGGGCCCGCGACCCCGAAUGCGGGUGGAAGGACGGGCUGAAGGCCGAGCCGCCCCCGGAGCCGAACCCGGAGCCGAACCCGGAGCUUUCGGCCGGCGAGGAGGCGCGCAGUUUCUACGAGAGCCUGCUGCGGGAGGAGAUGCCCGCCUUGCGGCCUGCGACGCCAUCGGCGCCGGCGCCGCCGCCCAAACGCCGCCGGGCGGCGCCGUUCGUCCCCGCGGACCGGGAGCGGCACGGGCACGCCAUGCUGAAGGCGGCGCAGGACGGAGACGUGGCGGCGCUGAGGAGGAUGCUGGAGAGAGAGGGAGGAGACGUCCGCUUCAAAGAUGGCUUCCAAUGGAGCGCGCUGAUGUGCGCGGCCCGCGCCGGGCGGCUGAGGGCCGUCAGGUAUCUGCUGGAACGCGGGGCUGACGGCAGGAGGAAGGCCGAGAAAUUGGCCAGGGCUGCCGGGCAUUGGGGGGUGGCCGCGCUCAUCAGGGCGUGGGGGGGCAAAAUGGCCGCCGAGGGGGAGGGGGGGGAGGGGGCGGAGGUGGGAGCCAAGGAGGGCAAGAUGGCGGCUGGAGACAAGAUGGCGGGCAAGAUGGAGGAUGGAGACAAGAUGGCGGAGAGGGGCAAGAUGGCGGGCAAGAUGACAGAGGGGGGCAAGAUGGUAGGCAAGAUGGCGGAUGGAGACAAGAUGGCGGAGGGGGGCAAGAUGAUGGAGGGGGAAAAGGUGGCGAAGGAGGGCAAGAUGGCUGCCGAGGGCAAGAUGGUGGAUGGAGGCAAGAUGGCCACCAAGGAGAGCAAGAUGGCCAAGGGGGGGAAGAUGGCCAAGGGGGGGAAGAUGGCCAAGGGGGGGAAGAUGGUGGAGGGGGGGAAGAUGGUGGAGGGGGGGAAGAUGGCGGAGGGGGACAAGAUGGCCGAGAAGGAGGGCAAGAUGGUGGAGGGGGACAAAAUGGCAGCCAAGGAGGGCAAGAUGGCAGAGGGGGGCAAGAUGGCAGCCAGGGACAAAAUGGUGGAUAGGGGCAAGUUGGCUACCAACGGCAAGAGGGCGGAGGGAGACAAGAUGGCGGGUGGAGACAAGAUGGUGGCCAAAAGGAAGAUGGCGUCCGAGGAGGGCAAGAUGGCAGAGGGGGGCAAGAUGGCGGCCAUGGGCAUGAUGGCUGGAGACAUAAACAAGAUGGUGGCCGAGGAGGGUGACAUGGCGGAUGGGGACAAGGGAGCAGCCAAGGAGAGCAAGAUGGCUGCUAAGAGCAAGGUAGCAAUUGGGGACAAGAUGGUGGCCAAGGAGGGUGUGAUGGCUGCCCAGGAGGGCAAGAUGGCAGCAGAAGGGGAGAUCGUGAUGGCGGCCAUGGAGGACUGCAAGAUGGCGGCCCAUGAGGACAAGAUGGCGGCCAUGGAGGACUACAAGAUGGCGGCCAUGGAGGACUACAAGAUGGCGGCCCAUGAGGACAAGAUGGCGGACAUGGAGGACUACAAGAUGGCGGCCAUGGAGGACUGCAAGAUGGCGGCCAUGGAGGACUGCAAGAUGGCGGCCCAUGAGGACAAGAUGGCAGCCAUGGAGGACAGCAAGAUGGCGGCCCAUAAGGACAAGAUGGCGGCCAUGGAGGACUGCAAGAUGGCGGCCCAUAAGGACAAGAUGGCGCCCAUGGAGGACUGCAAGAUGGUGGCCCAUGAGGACAAGAUGGCAGCCAUGGAGGACUGCAAGAUGGCGGCCCAUGAGGACAAGAUGGCAGCCAUGGAGGACUACAAGAUGGCGGCCAUGGAGGACUACAAGAUGGCGGCCCAUGAGGACAAGAUGGCAGCCAUGGAGGACUACAAGAUGGCAGCCAUGGAGGACUGCAAGAUGGCGGCCCAUGAGGACUGCAAGAUGGCGGCCAGCGGUGUGAAGGUGGGGACGCGAGAGGGCACCAAGAUGGCGGCCGGGCAGGAGGUCAAGAUGGCGGCUGAGGAGGACGUCAAGCUGGCGGAGGAGGAGACCAAGAUGGCGGCCCAGUGA